CUGUUGAGGUCAGAGGAGGCGGGCAUCGCGUCCAAACCCAGCGCCUGCGCGUGCUGGAGGCAAUCGGCAGCAGGGAUCCAGUGUGCGGCCUGGGUAGCCGGAUUCUGUGUCACCACCUGUGCCACGCGCCACCACGGCCUGCCCGGCAUGGAGGGCGAGUGCCGGGUGCUCUCCAUCCAGAGCCAUGUCGUCCGCGGCUACGUGGGCAAUCGGGCGGCCAUGUUCCCGCUGCAGGUUUUGGGAUUUGAAGUUGAUGCCGUGAACUCCGUGCAGUUUUCGAACCACACAGGCUAUGCCCAUUGGAAGGGCCAAGUGCUGAGUUCGCAGGAGCUCCAUGAACUGUAUGAAGGUCUCCAGAUAAACGGCGUGAAUAAGUACGACUACGUGCUCACUGGUUACACGAGAGACAAGUCCUUCCUGGCCAUGGUGGUGGACAUUGUGCGGGAACUGAAGCAGCAGAACUCCCAGCUCGUGUAUGUGUGCGAUCCCGUGAUGGGAGACAAGUGGAACGGCGAAGGCUCCAUGUACGUUCCACAGGACCUCCUUCCCGUGUACAGGGACAAAGUGGUGCCCGUGGCAGACAUCAUCACUCCCAACCAGUUUGAGGCUGAGUUGCUGAGUGGCAGAAAAAUCCACAGCGAGGAAGAAGCACUGGAGGUGAUGGACGUGCUACACUGCAUGGGCCCGGACACGGUGGUCAUCACCAGCUCUGACCUGCCCUCCGCACAGGGCAGUGACUACCUGAUCGCACUGGGCAGCCAGAGGAUACGGAAGCCUGACGGCUCCACGGUGACUCAACGCAUUCGGAUGGAGAUGCGCAAGGUGGAUGCCGUCUUCGUGGGCACUGGGGACCUGUUCGCUGCCAUGCUUCUGGCGUGGACACACAAACACCCGGACAAUCUGAAGGUGGCCUGCGAGAAAACUGUGUCUGCCAUGCAACACGUGCUGCAGAGGACCAUCCGGUGUGCAAAAGCUCAAGCAGGAGCAGGACAGAAGCCCAGCCCAGCCCAGCUGGAGCUGAGGAUGGUCCAGAGCAGAAAGGACAUCGAGGACCCCGAGAUCGUCGUGCAGGCCACGGCGCUGUGAUGGCCGUGCACUCACCCCAACACACAGUGUGCUGGGGUCUCCGUUUCCAUCCCCCUGAAAGCUGUAACGUCUGCCUUAGAGCCAUGACUGAAACUUGACAUUUUGUUUCCCCCGAGGGUUGGAUCUCAGCCGGUCUCAAUCCUAAAAAUGUGCCAUCAUGGUUUGUUUUUUUUAAAAAUAAUAAUAACAAAGCAGUCACAGAAAUGUGAUUCAGAAACAUGGCCCCUUCCUCCCCAAGGCCUCCUGACUGCCUCCUGUUGACUCACAGGUAUGUGGAAGGUGGGUGGAACAGGCAAGCCUGCUGCCUGUGGAGCCUUCUGUUGGCCACUGGCUGCCACUGCCCCCAGAACCCGGAUUGAGCUGAGAAGAGGCCUGUGGUGGCACUGUUUUUAAAAUUGAGUUAGGUCUUGGCAUCUGGAAGAAUUAUGCCAAAUAUCUUCUUUGCCAUCUGGUCUUACCCUUUUCCUGCAUUAGAGUUUCUGUGUGUCUCUGCUGCUCUUGGUGUCUCCGAGGAUGUCGGACUUAUGCAGCUAUUGGACUGUGUGGGAGGGUUCCAUAUUCUCAUGCUUGGGUACGCACGCAAGCAUGUAGUCACUGUGACAGGGACCUUUUCAGGGCCCCAAACAUUCUGGGAACCCUGCAAGUCUUCUGGGUGUCAGCAGGAGUUCCUGUAACUUGGGACCAACUUCUGGGAAACUAACAUGGGGUCAGCUGUUGAGCCUGCGGUGGCUUGGGAAGUUCAGGGAAGGUUGCCACACUGGACUUGUGGGAACUCACCCAGCCCUGCAGCACUGCUGGUUGGCACUGCACUUGCCGCAUGCUGCUGGGCACAGUACACUGCUGUUUGUACGGACAGGGAAGGAGGGGCAGGGGUGGCACCUAUCCCAUGGUGACAUACUUUACCAGUGUGUCCUCCCCCGAUUUCUGUAUUCUGUGCCUACCAUAUGCUGAGGGAUGAGAGGCCCUUAUGUGAAAUCAGCUAACUCUGCCUCCUUGGAAGUCCUGCUCCUAUAGAGAGCAUAUUGGCAUUGUGGGUGCAGGGGCAGCCCUUAGACUCCUGCAGGUGACUGUGACAUGUUCCAUUUCCAUUGCUCAACUGUGGCUCUCCUGGCUAUCCAUCCUGGAAUUUGGAGUCCCUAAGUCAUAGCUGUGAGUGGGGCUCUUAUUUAUGUCUCAUCUCAGCACCCACACCCAUUUUCCUGUCCCUCAGUUUGUGACAUUUGCCUCUUCUGAGAGGCCACUGCCUAGGAGACUGGAAGAGGUGAGGACCACCAUGUGGCCCCUAUGUUGGCAUAGGUUCCCCAGGGUGCCAGGCUGCAGCCCAUAGAGGGGCUUCUGAGAGCCACAGCCAUCUUAACAUAGUCCACUGUUUCCCUUCCCCCAUUAGAAUGCCCUAGAUGCAGGAGACACUGGUCCACAUGGACGUACACUAGUCUGCCUCAGCUUCCUCCCUAGUCCACAUUCUGAGCUUCCCAUCUUUCUGGUCAACAGCUGCAGGAUGGCUCAGCAGGUAAGGCUACCUAUUGUCCUGCCUGACAGCCAGAGUGUCACACAUGGUUGAGGCGGAGGCCUCGUUCCUGUGAGUUGUUCUCUCUUACACACACGCACACACACACAAUAAAUAUAAUAAAAAAUUAUCUUAUCAGUAUCCUAAGCCAGGUUUAGCUAGCUCUCUGGCAUAUGUUUCCUGGUCCCAGUGUCAGCCUCUGAACCCAUUUUGCUGACCAGAAAGAGGAGAGCCAUGGCUAGCAGUCAGGAGGGACAACCACAUUCCCCUAUGUCACAGAAAAAGCCCAUCACUGCCUCACAGAGAGCAAGGAGCACCACUUUGCCAGCAGUGAGGAAAACUUUCUUUUUCCUCUCAGAAUGUUGAGAAUGGAUGGAAGAGAUGGCCCAGUGGGUAGUGGACUUGCCAUGCAUACAGGAAGAACUGAGUUUAGCUCCUAGCACCUACGUGUAAUCAUGCAGUGUGCACUGGAGACCUAAAACUAGGGAAGUGGGAACAGGAAGACCCCUGAGGCUCUCCUGCUAGCUGAUCUUUUCACCUGGUAAGCUCUGGUUUCAAUAAGGAGAGACCCUGCCUCAAAACAAGAAGUGGAGAGCAGUAGACCCCAGAUGUUGACCUCUGGCUUCACACAUGCACACACAAUAAAGGGUAAGGGCUGGCAUAGGCAGUAUGUGUGUUGGGGUCUUCAUGACUACCGUCUGCAACCACACCAGGAAAGCUUUGGCUCUUGACUGUAGCCCUGAGCUAAUGGUCUGGGGAGGACCCUUUCUUGCUUACACAGUGGGGUGAGUGCUCUCUCCUCACGAGGACUUUCUCUCAAAUUCUGAAUUUAGCUGUGGUCUGAAUUGUUUUGUGUGAGAAGGAACAGUGGCUGUGGCCCAGGCUUGUCACUAAGAAGAAACAUCUGCAGCCUGCUUGUAGGCACCGGCUCUGGUCCCCUGGUAUCCAGAUCAGAAUUGGCUUUUGUUUUCCCUUUCCGUAGCUUAGUCAUGAAAUGAUGUAUUUGGAAAUGAAGCGGUGUCCUUCUCUUCUCGUUGGGAGAGCCCAGUGUUUAAAAGCUGCUUGAUUCUUUAGUGGAUGUGGCCAGGCUGGAAGGAGGGGACUGUGCCCUGUAGGCUAGCCCAGUUCCCAGUAUGAUGUCACCACCCCCAUCUCGAAUAAGAGAAUAACACUGGGUGUUAGAGGCCAGGCCCUGUCCUGUCCUUGCUGGGGAAGGCAGGGCCCUCCUGAAGGAGGCAGGUGGGCCCUUUGCUGUGCCCCUGGGCAGCUCCUGAACACGGUGUCCUGUUCCCAUUGUUUCAAACCUUCCAUUGCCUGUAGCUGAAAAGUAUAGGAAAAGAAGUGAAUGUAUUUUGUUAUUCUUUGCUUCCGUCCUGCCCUCUGAGGACAUAUCUGGUCUAGAGUUACGCCUCAGGUGCCCAGUGACUGUGGGCAACCACUGCUUGUUCUGGCUCUUUCUGUGCACUUUUCUUUGGGGUCAAGGUAUCUACCUUGGCCCAGACAGGGGACAGGCAAGGACACAGGCUUGGCGGUGGCAUCCAGAUUCCAUGUGCCCUCCAGAGAGUGCUGCAGCCCAGACACCCCUUUUAGUGCUGUCCCUCUGCCACUUGGGAGCUUCUCUUCUAACCACCCAUGUAGAUACCUGCAGUGGGAGUCCCUGGGAAGCCAGUCUGUCUGAGUGACAGAUGUCUGGUGACUCUCCAGUGGAUAUCUCGAAAAGGUGUCCCCCGAUGGGCAGUUCUGGGCGGCCUGGUUCACUGUAAGGUUCUUCAUAGAAGUGUGGGCUCUAUAGGGAAGGCUUGAACCUGGUCCAGCAGUCUGAGUGGAUGCCGCUGCCAAGGGGCUUUGAAUGAUGGAGGAGCGCCCUGGAGCAGAGGCACAGCUGGACAUGGAUGUGCCAGUCCAUUCCUUUCCUACACUUCCUGUGACAGCUUCAGCUGGCAGCUGGCAGGGCAUUUGCAGGUGCCAAUCUUGUGGAAUCAUUGUAGGGAGAGUUCUGCCUCCUGUUGCAAACUUUCAGCCUCCACCAGUAGGGGGCGCAGUGGAGCAGAGCGGUGUCAGCUGCCCAGGCAGCUGCUGGUGCCAGCAGGUUAAACUGCAGUAGAUCUUUGUGUUAGGAUCCAGACUUCGUUGCUGUAUGAUGCCCCACAGUAAGCAGGAGCGCACUGUGUCCCCAGUUCUUCCUUGACAUUCCAGAUAGCCAUGGCUUGAUCAGAAUGACCUAACUUGACAGUUCCUAAAUUUGGGAUUAUUUUGAAAUGUAUAUUGUGUUUCUUUGUAGAUUCUGGUUUAUUCUUGUUGCAAACAUUUUCUUUGCAAAAAUUAAUUUAAAAUAAUGUUAUACACUGUAUUCUCCCGUCAUUGCACCCUAGUGUGUUUAUUUGCUUAAAACAAGAAUUUAAUGAGAAACUUUAAAUUGAAUCAUAUUUAGUUUUUAAUUUUUCCUGGCAUGGUGGUACACAACUGAAAUCUGCUGAGGCAGGAGGAUAGCUACGUAUUAAGACAGUAUCUGAAAAUGCACAAGGUUAUUCUUGGAUUUUCUUUUUUCUUUUUAAUUUCUGGUAGAAUAAACACUAUUUAAAGGCUUCCUCAAUAUGUGAGUCAGGCAGGAGCAUGUCCUCAGAGCAGGGGUCUCCAUCUUACCCACCCUGACUGGAGCUGAGACACAGGAACACCCACUUCAGGGUGGUGAUGGUGAGCUGAGCUUCCCCAUGCUGGCAUCUCCUCUUUUCUUCCCCCAGCUCACUGUGGGCAGUUUCUGUUUUUUCUGCGACAGGACACACAUUCUAGGUGUAAAAGGUCUCCCUAUAAGCCUCGGCCCCACCCUGCCCCUGCCAGCUCUUAAAUAGCUAGGGCUGCCUCUGCCCUGCAGCUUUAGGUGGGGGGAAACAGAGGGUGAGAGCCUGCCACUCACACUUCUAUGCUUGGAAGCUCCCAGAAGGCCUUGAGGUGUAACCAUGACCAUGCCUCACUGCCCAUCCUAUAGAGCCAGCAGACCCCAUCAGGGAAGGCUGAGAUGCUGUGUAAGGCCAUUGCCGUAUUUCACUACCUGCCUUGCAGGGCUACACAGUCCCCCAUGAAGGCAAGUGGAGGAGCCUUUAUCCUUUGUGACCUGGACUGGUACGAUGGAAGUCUCAGCCACAGUCUCACCAAGGACCUGGUUCAUGCCUGACAUAAGGAGCGUUUGCUCUAGGGAUACCAGGACUUUUAGAAGACCCACAGGCUUAGCACAUCCUUCUAGUAUCCCACAGAGCAGGAAGGGAGAAGCCAAAUUCCCUGAAAGCUCAGACCUGAUUGGUUCCCACAGUACAGCUAAGAUCAUUUCUGGGUGAUGGGCAGUGUGAUGUCAGCAUUUUAGGAGAUGGUGGUGGAUUCUAAAUGAACAUAGCUCUUGAAGGAUGAGGCAGGGAUGACAUCCUGAGUGCUCUUAGCUUCCUAGCUGCCUAAGUUCUGAUCCAGACCUUGUCAGAAUUUCUCCCAUGUGUUGCAAACCUGGACCAAUCAGAAGACGGGCUGCUCUGGGGCCAGCCCGACCCUACUAUUCCUCCCCAGAGACCACGACCUUUUGGAAGCUCCUAGAGCAAAGCACAGCUGGCCCACAGUCCCUGCUGCGCAGGAGGGGCGCGCUCUGGGCUCAGGUGGUCUCUGGCCCAAGUCCCUCAGCCCCAUGUACUGUCUCCUGUUAGUGUGUUUGUAGACUCGAGCACCUGUCUGUUUUGUGCUGGUCUGUUGACUUCUAUGAUUAUCCACAAAUAAAUAUUUUCAUUGCA